AUGCUACUGAAACCUAGUCAACACACUUAGGAAUGGAAAUCUAUAAUGUGUCUGAUGAUAGAUUUUCACAAGUAUAAAAGCCUAUAUAUUAAUGAUCACUUGGAUAAAGUUAAAGAGAUAGAUGAUAACAAUGAGUAACUAGGCAAGUUGACUGCACAGCUAUUCAAAUUGAUUGAUCUAAGGUAAGAAAUCGAGAAGAAAAAGGUCAUUUAUGUAGACUAAGAAUAGUAGCUAUUGUUCUAAAAAGAAGAACUUUAGAUAGAACUAGAAUUGGCUUAGACUGAAUAUCAAGAAAUUAAUAAGGAAGAUUAGAAUCUUUAGAAUGAAGAAGAGGAGUUGAUAAGAGAACUAGAGCAACUUAAAAAAUAAAGCAAUGAGCUUUGUAUUUAGAGGGAUAAAGCAAAGUCAUAUAUAGUCUCAUCACCUGAAAAAUUAUCAAAUGACAGAGAUUUAUCUAGAGAGGAGCUCACAUUAGUUGAUUAGGAACUUAUUUAAAGGUAAAAAGUUCAUCAAAAACUAUAAUAUAAACUAGAUGGAUCAACAGAAAAGUUAAACUAAGUGAAAGAGUAUCUUUCUAUACUUCAAUCUGCUUUGUAUUUAAAAGAGACGGCUUAGACAGCAAAAAGAGAUAUCACAAGAUAGUAAUCACAUUUAGUAGAGCUUAAGUCUAAUUAAGAAAAUCUAUCAUAAGAAUAUAACACUUUAAGAAAUGCCAAAAAGAGUAAAGAGUAAAAAGAGCAGCAAUACUAAGAGCAUUAUUAAAAGCUUAAAGAAGAGACCUAGCAGAUUAUCGAUAGUAGAAAAUUGGAUAAAUUAGAUCUAACUCAGAUGUAUGAGUAAUUGGAAACACUAUUGAGGGACAGCAAAGAUAAAUGCUAGCUUGAAAGAAGAGAACAGAUGAAAAUUAGUAGAAUUAGGGAGCAUUAAUUAAGUGAAAGUUUAAGGGGAAUAACUGCUUUAGAGGAAUAUAUCGUUGAGUAUUGUGAAAUUAUCAAGAAUAAGAUUAUAAAUUUACCAGAGAUGAUGUGA